AUGGACGACGGUGCCGACGUCGACCAAGUAGAUGAGGAGUAUGAUCAGGACUUCUCGUUCGACUUCGAGGGCGAGGAGGGGCUCGGGGACAUCACGCGCGAAGACGCCGACGCUGACUCAGGCGGGAGCACCACCACUAACGACUCGAUGCACUCCGGCGAGACGCCGACGUCGGUCGGUGACAGCGUGGGCAACGCGGACCUGUCGGAGCUGCUCGACGCAGCCGGCGUCUGCGAGGGGCUAGAGGCAUUCGCGACGCCGCGCCCUCUUCCGCCGUCGGCGAAGUCGAUGCAGCGCAAGUUGCGCUCUAGCUCGGCAAAGAAUGUUGGGCAAGGGCCCACUGCUGCUGCUGCAGCAGCGGCUGCCGCUGGCGCAUCUACGACAGCAGCCAGCGCUGCUAAGGCUAAGUCUGGUUCGCAGCAAGGCGCUAAAGGGCGCGCGCCAAGCAAGAAGGAGUCCAAGCCGAAAGGCUACGCGACUUCCUCGAACCGACUCGGAGGUAUCGACUUGGCUGACUUUCGUGACACCUUGGGGCGCAAGCGGGCCCUCGAGGACGACGAGGAGCCCUCGGAGGCUAGCUUCGCCAAAGCGAAGCGCGUGGAGGCUACCAGGGCGACCGCCGAGCUCAAGAAGCGUCUGACCGACUUCGAGCGCAAGGCUGAGCUCCGCCGCGCUGAAGAAGAGCAGCGUCGCCGCGACGAGCUUGCUGCUCGCGAAGCCCGCUGCCUUGCCGACAAGGCGGAAGCAGAGGAGCGUAGCCGUCACGAGAGACUGGAGACGGGGGAGCAGCGCCGUCAGGAGAAACAAGAGGCAGAGGAGCGCGCCCGUCGUGACAAGAAAGAUGCUCGGGCUCGCACUCAAGAACUGUUGCUCAUUCUGGGCGCUCUAACGAAGAAAGACUGA